AUGCGAGAGGCCGCAGAACGGCGGCAGCACCUGGAACUGGAGCAUGAGCAGGCCCUGGCUGUCCUCCACGCCAAACAGCAGGAGAUCGACCUGCUGCAGAAGGCUCAGGUUGAAGCUAAGAAAGAACAUGAAGGUGCCGUACGGCUGCUAGAGAGCAAGGUGCGGGAGCUGGAGGAGAAAUGCCGGACGCAGAGUGAGCAGUUCCGCCUGCUGUCGCAGGACCUGGAGAGGCUCCGGGAGCACGCGGGGAAGAUCGACCUGCUGGGUGGCAGUGCUGGGGCCUCCUUGGACGUCCCCGCGUCCGGCAAGCCUUUCCCGCAGUUCAUGAACGGACUCGCCCCCUCCAUCGGCAAAGCUCAGGAGAGCACCGUCCGAAGCCGCGCCGUGAUCGGGGACUACAUCCGGCCCCUCCCACUUGCUGGUGACAGGCCGGAGCCUCCAUCUGUCAAGCCCGCCUUUCUGUCGAGAUCCGCUAGCCCAAGAUGCGGGUUUGAAUCAGACAUGGAUAAUGAACGGAAUUCCAAUACCUCCAAGCAGAGAUACUCGGGGAAGGUCCACUUGUGUGUCGCCCGCUAUAGCUACAACCCUUUUGAUGGGCCCAAUGAGAACCCCGAGGCCGAGCUGCCGCUCACGGCGGGGAAGUACCUCUACAUCUACGGGGACAUGGACGAAGACGGCUUCUACGAAGGUGAGCUCCUGGACGGGCAGAGGGGUCUGGUGCCCUCCAACUUUGUGGACUUUGUGCAGGACAGCGAGUCACGACUAGCAAGUACGCUGGGCAAAGAACAGGACCAGAAUCUCAUCAAGCAGGCCGGCAUCGGCUCGGAGGGGGGGAGCCUUGUGGACCUCCGCACCCCCGCUCACACACACGCCGGCGUCACGGACAAUGGUGCGGGGACCCUGGGCGUGAGCAUUGACGAGACUGGAGAAGACAUCGUGCCUUACCCUAGAAAAAUCACCCUCAUCAAGCAACUCGCCCGAAGUGUCAUUGUGGCCUGGGAGCCCCCGGCCGUGCCGCCGGGCUGGGGGACCGUGAGCAGCUACAACGUGCUGGUGGACCAGGAGACACGCGUGAGCCUCAUGCUAGGGAGCAGAACCAAGGCCCUCAUCGAGAAGCUCAACACAGCGGCCUGCACCUACCGGAUCUCUGUGCAGUGCAUCACCAGCAGGGGCAGCUCGGACGAGCUGCAGUGCACGCUGCUGGUGGGCAAGGACGUGGUGGUGGCCCCCUCCCACCUGAGGGUGGACAACAUCACCCAGAUCUCCGCCCAGCUCUCCUGGCUGCCCACCAACAGCAACUACAGCCACGUCAUCUUCCUCAACGAGGAGGAGCUCGACGUCGUCAGGGCUGCCAGGUACAAGUACCAGUUCUUCAACCUCAGGCCCAACAUGGCCUACAAGGUGAAGGUCCUGGCCAAGCCUCACCAGAUGCCGUGGCAGCUGCCCCUGGAGCAACGGGAGAAGAAAGAGGCCUUCGUGGAAUUCUCCACAUUGCCCGCAGGCCCUCCGGCGCCCCCCCAAGAUGUCACUGUCCACGCCGGGGCCACCCCAGCCACUGUCCAGGUCUCCUGGAAGCCGCCCGCCCUGACAACCGCCGGGCUGUCCAAUGGGGCCAACGUGUCUGGCUACGGCGUGUAUGCAAAAGGGCAGAGGGUGGCUGAGGUCACCUCCCCCGUGGCGGACAGCAUAGCCGUGGAGCUGGUGCGGCUGCGGAGCCUGGAAGCCAAGGCUGUGACCGUGCGGACCCUCUCUGUGCAGGGCGAGUCCACGGACUCUGCCCCUGCUGCCAUCCCUCCCGACCUCCUGGUGCCUCCAACCCCCCACCUGAGAACUCCCACACCGAAGCCCUUAGCAAGUGCCGGAGCCCCCGAUACCAAAGAUGAACACCUGGGUCCCCACGUCGCCAUGGACGGGGCCUGGGAGCAGACUGGGGCCCCGGCCCCAGCCCACGGGCACAUGCUGGAGCCGCCCAGCCUGCAGGGCUCGGGCCCGGGGAGGCGGUCCCCCUCGCCCAGCCGGAUCCUCCCACAGCCACAGGGCACCCCGGUUUCCACGUCCGUCGCCAAGGCCAUGGCCCGGGAAGCUGCGCAGAGAGUGGCCGAGAGCAGCAGGUUAGAGAAAAGGAGCAUCUUCCUGGAGAGGGGCGGCGGGCAGUAUACAAACUCGGAUGAGGAAGACAGCUAUGACCCCCCGGACGUCAAGAGGAGAGGCGCCUCGGUGGACGACUUUCUGAAAGGCGCAGAGCUCGGCAAGCAGCCACACUCCUGCCACGGCGACGAGUACCAUACGGAGAGCAGCCGGGGCUCUGACCUCUCGGACAUCAUGGAGGAGGACGAGGAGGAGCUCUACUCUGAGAUGCAGCUGGAGGACGGGGGCAGGAGGAGACCCAGCGGCACAUCCCACAACGCCCUCAAGGAGUGCUCUCAGAGUAGCAGCACCGAGGGGGCCUUCCUGGAGCGGCCUGAGCACCCCCACCAGACCCCGCAUAGUUCGAGGCUGUUCAGUAUCCCCGAAGUAGCCGAGGAGGGAGAGCACCUCGAGCUCUUGCACAAACAGGGCUUAGGGUACUCGGCCAGGGUCCGGGCCCACGAUGGGGACCAGGCCUUGCAGGCCUCCUGGCUCCCAGCCGAGCCCCGGGGCCCGGCUGUCGGCCCCGGUGCGGAAGACUUCGCUCUGCAGGACAGAGGCUGUCGGUCCAGCCGUGCGGCCAGCAGGAGCCCGGACAGUGGCCUGGACUGUGGGAGUGAGGAGGAGCUGUGUUUCAGCUUCAGGAGCACGGCCAGGUGCAGCCUGGGCCCUGGGCACUGUCCCUGUAGGAGAAGCCUGAGGCCGCUGCUGGCCCGGCGGCGGACGCUGACCCGGCAGAGCAGCAUCGAGGAGGACUUUGGGGAGCAAGUGGACCCCAGCGACGUCCUCAGGAGCCAUGACGCCCACCCGAGCCCAGAGAGAUCCGCCCCCGGGAAGUAUGACUGGGAGGAGCCCCCGGGGCACCAAGGCCCGCGGGAUGUCUGGAAGAAAAGCAUAAACAUGCCCAACAGUAGGGCCACUGCCCUAGAGGCACCUCCCCGGGUGGCAGAAGGCCCUGUGAUUUUAGGAAACCCGGUGUCUGCAGGACGGGCUGACAGGGUGGAUCACGUGGGCCGAAGGUUCUCCCAUGGCAGUGCUGGUCCUCAGCGGUCCCGGCCAAUGAUGGUCCCGUCCAUCGACGAGUACAGUGAGCGCGACCGCCUUUCUCCAGACUUCUACGAAGAGUCAGAGACCGACCCAGGUGCCGAAGAGCUCCCAGCCCGGAUCUUUGUGGCGCUUUUUGACUAUGACCCCCUCACCAUGUCCCCGAAUCCAGAUGCUGCCGAAGAAGAGCUUCCUUUUAAGGAAGGACAGAUCAUCAAGGUCUAUGGCGACAAAGACGCAGACGGCUUCUACCGUGGGGAGACCUGUGCCCGGCUCGGCCUGAUUCCUUGUAACAUGGUCUCAGAAAUCCAGGCGGACGAUGAGGAAAUGAUGGACCAGCUUUUGAGACAAGGCUUCCUUCCUCUGAACACGCCCGUGGAGAAAAUAGAGAGAAGCAGAAGAAGCAGCAGGCAUCCGGGGGCGACGCGGAGGGUGGUGGCCCUGUACGAUUAUGACCCGCGAGAAAGCUCACCUAACAUCGACGUGGAGGCAGAGCUGACGUUCUGCACCGGAGACAUCAUUACUGUUUUCGGUGAGAUCGAUGAAGAUGGAUUUUAUUAUGGGGAACUUAAUGGGCAGAAAGGCCUUGUGCCUUCAAACUUCCUGGAAGAAGUGCCUGACGACGUGGAAGUCUAUCUCUCUGACGCACCGUGCCACUACCCCCGAGACGCGCCAGUGCGCUCCAAGGCAAAACGGAAGAAGAGUGUUCAUUUCACACCUUAAUCAGGCACUGUAGCCUUCACGUAAGUGAGCAACUGAAGAUACCCGUACAGAUUUAGCCCCGUCCGCGGCGCUAGGCGGACUAGUGCGGGAGACGCAAGGCUUCACUGUGGGUGUUAAAAACAAAAACAAAAACAAAAAGAAAUAUGUCUCAAAAAACCACUGGGCCUGAAAUAGUAGGCUAUUACUCGGUCUCAGUUGUAAAGCAACUGAAUUUGUAGUCAAAUCAUCAUCUUUACUCCUCAUUUCCUACUAUCUACAUUAAGAAUAUUUCGAAGGCCAACAUUGGGAACAUAUUUCUUAAGAGGCUAAUUGUUUGUUUACGUAGAGAGUGUUGCAGUGUCUCCUCGUAACUAAAGCUGCAUAUUGCAUUGUUAGCCACUCUUGGAAAAAAGCACAACCUAAACCACUAUGUUUACUCUAGGAAAUUUUCCUCUAAAAACACAGGAGGUUGAGCAGAUGAGUAGUGAACAGGGGGCAGAUGCAGAGUUGGCUCUGACAGGCCCCCUGUGGGCUUGACCCCAACCAGUCUGUCAGGAUCAGGUCUGUGCCUCUGUCUCGAGAGAGCGCAGGCUCCCUCCUCAAAGCACAAGCCUGUGUCCCGAGCGCCGGCCUUUGCGGCCGGGCCAACCGUGGGGCACCAGUGCAGUCCUAGGCAUGACGAGCCACGCGGCUACAGUGAUGGCGUUGGACGGAGUAGACGGUAUCUUCAGCUGUGCUUGGGAUGCUUUACUAGGUGUCUUCCAUUGGAACUAGACCUUGAUUCUAAAUCCAAGCAAGCUUGAAGCCCUUGGCUCCUCUCCUGUACCUGCUGGCUACCGAACACUCGAGGGAGGCAGGGCUUUGCGUGGAGAGUUGGGGGGGCGCAGGACAGGGCGCCGGGCCCUCAGGCGCGCAUCCGAGCCGCCGGGCGAGCCCCGUAGACCGAGGCACUAUGUGCGCACUCUGCGGGCAGAAAUUCACGUCCGGCCCCUGGGGAGUAAUGAAAGCAUGCAGUAAGGGCCUUUAAGCUUCCUUUGAUUGCGAUUGAGGUUCAUUUUAGUUUUUUUUUCUUUCAACUGGUGUGUGCCAUCGCUCUAGCCUACUAACUUCCCCAGGAAUGCACACGGCAAGAUCAGCACUUCCUCUACCCCAGCCGCUUUCAGACCCAACAAGUCCCCUUUAAGAACCUUUGCUUUUAAGAUUACUGACGGGCACUCAGCCAAUUUCAUGUAACCUAAUUUAAAGUGACUUCUGCUCCCCACCCUGCCCCCACCCCUCCGCUAGGGCUCUUAAUUUACAAAGCAAAUUAUUACCUAGCCUUGUCUGGCCAAAGCAAUGGCCUCCCCCUCCCCUGAAGACAAAGAAACCGCAGACCAAACGUGGAUGGCUAGACCCCCCCCCCCCCGUAGGGCCGCUGUGGGUGGGGGUGGGGGGGCGCGCGCGCUCGUGGCAUCCUUUAACCCCGAAGGAAGACACGAGCCACCCCUUACCUUUGCUGGCGGGGGACGGGGCCGUGCGGUGUUACCAGCGGAUGGAUGUUGUUGGCGCUCACGCACUCAAUAAACUGUCACACUGUACCUACUAGGUUCCUCCUGAGGGUUCAGGUACAGCAAGGAGAGCGCCAUCCCCCACAGCCCAUCUCCAUUCGGGGUCACCUCCGUCAUCUAUGGGUACUGGUAGUCCUGGGAGAGGCAGGGAAAUGUCCUCGAAAAAGAAAAAGGGGCUGCUUUCCAAAGGCAAGAAACUGCUGAAAAAGCUGGGUGCAGUGAAAUGACCAUGUGCUUCUGGACGACUCCCCAAUCCAUGUCAUUCUCUUUGAUUCCAAACUAGGGCUUUCAAUGACUCAAGUACUUCCUAAAAACACACUCUUCUCCCCUGACACCAGGAGAGAAGUGCUCUUUGCACUGCCGUCCACUUUAAGCCAACGGCGAGGACAAAGAGCGGCUGGUGCCCCCUCCCAGCCUCCGUGCCAACCGCUCUGGCCCGCGGCCUGACGGGAGGCGGGCUCUCCCAAGCACCCAGGG